UGAACUCUAAUUUCAAUUUGUAUAUCAAUCAACAGGACUCGAUAAAAAUAUAUUGAAUUGUUUAAGUUCUGAUUAACAGAGAGUUAAAUUUCUCCUCAGUAAUAGUUGUAAUCUGGUAAAAGCGGUUAGUGAACAUUUCAGACAACACUGAACUGUGACAGGGUGAGGCAGGUGAACACACACACACACACACACACACACACACAUAACAAACAGUUUGUUCCCAGGGAAGAAAUGUGACACCAAUAAGAACUGGAAUAAAUUGUUGCCCCAAGCUUCUAUAGCUUUUACUCUUUGAGUUGGUGUGUGGUUGGUCUGUCCAAACUAAAUUGGUUAUAUUUAUGAACUGGAGGGAGAUGAAAUGGUUAACAGAGGAGUGUUCAAAAACUGUCUGUGUUUAUGCUCCUCCCACUCCCAACACCCUCUCUUUUUCACACACAUACACACACAGAAUCAGGAAGUAACUUUUCAUUACAAAAAGAAACUGAUCUCGUGCACUCUCUGAGUUCAGGAAAAUGGCUGAGGCCAGUAUUUCAGUAGAUCAGGAUCAGUUCAUCUGUCCAGUGUGUCUGGAUCUCCUGAAGGAUCCGGUGACUACCCCCUGUGGUCACAGUUACUGUAAGGUGUGUAUUAAUGGCUGCUGGGAUCAGGAGGAUCAGAAGGGCGUCUACAGCUGUCCUCAGUGCAGAGACACUUUCACUCCAAGGCCUGUUCUACGCAGAAACAACAUGCUGGCUGAAGUGGUGGAGAAACUGAAGAAGAAGACUGAAGUCCAAGCUGCUUCUCCUGCUCACUGUUACACUGGACCUGGAGAUGUGGCGUGUGAUUUCUGCACCGGGAGAAAACACAAAGCCAUCAAGUCCUGUCUGAUGUGUCUGGCUUCCUUUUGUGAAACUCAUCUGAAACCUCACUAUGAAGUUCCUGCUUGGAAAAAGCAUGAGUUAGUCAAAGCCUCAGCAAAUCUACAAGAGAAGAUCUGCUCUGAACAUGAUGAAGUGUUGAAGAUCUACUGUCGUACUGACCAAAGAUGUAUUUGCUCUUUGUGCAUGUUGGAUAAACAUAAAGGCCAUGACGCUGUAUCAGUUGCAGGAGGAAGAGAUGAGAAACAAAGUGAGUUAAAGGAGGAUCAGAUGAAAUUCCAGCAGAGAAUCCAGGAGAAGCAGAAGAAGGUGCAGGAGCUGAAACAGACUGUGAACACUAUAAAGCUCAGUGCACAGACAGCAGUAGAGGACAGUGAGAUAAUCUUUACUGAGAUGAUCAGCUCCAUGGAGAAAAAGCGCUCGGAGGUGACGGAGCUGAUCAGAGCUCAGGAGAAGGCUGAACUGAGUCGAGCUGAACGACUCCUGGAGCAACUGGAGCAGGAGAUUGCUGAUCUUCAGAGGAGAGACACUGAGAUGGAGAAGCUUUCACACACACACGAUCACAUCCAGUUUCUCCAGGCUUUAGCUUCUGGACGUCGAUCGCCUCCAUAUGACAUACCAGAUUUUGACACAUCCAGCAUCACUGUCCCUCAACAUCUGUCAUUUGAUGGAGUGAGGAAUUCUCUCUCAGAUCUGAAGAAGAGACUGGAGGAAUUCUGUGAGGAGGAAUUCAACAAAAUCCCUCCACAUGCUGCAGCAGUUCAGAUCAUUUCACCAUCAGAGCCACAGAGCAGAGAAGAGUUUCUGAAAUAUUUCUGUGAUCUGACUCUGGAUCCCAACACGACACAUCCUCACCUCAUUCUGUCUGAGAAGAACAGAGUGGUGAGAGACAGUGGGAGAAAUCAGCAGUACUCUGAUCAUCCAGAGAGAUUUGACUACUGGCCUCAGGUGUUGUGUAAGGAGAGUGUGUGUGGACGCUGUUACUGGGAGGUGGAGUGGAGCGGUGUUAAAGGUGUGUCCCUAUCAGUCUCAUAUAAAGACAUCAGCAGGAAAGGACCGGGUAAUAAGUGUGUGUUUGGACGCAACAAUCAGUCCUGGAGUCUGUGGUGUUCUUCUUCUUCUCUCUCUUUCCAUCACAACAACAUUAGGACUGAUCUCAGAGUUCCAUCAUCCUCCAGAAUAGGAGUUUAUGUGGAUCACAGUGCAGGAACUCUGUCCUUCUACAGCGUCUCUGACACCAUGAAGCUCCUCCACAGAGUCCACACCACAUUCACUCAGCCUCUAUACGCUGGGUUCAGGCUCUCCUGGUGGUUUGGUUCCUCAUCUGUGAGAUUGUGUGAUCCAGAAUAAUGUGUGUAGAGUUUUGUGUAAAAUUCCUGCACAUUACCACAUUGUUACUCCAUCAUCUGUUUUACUAGCACACAAUCCAGCUGCACAAAAUACAGUCAUUUUUAUUUCUUAACUAAAACAGAUAAGGCAUUUUACACUGAUUAAAAAGUAAAUGUUAAAAAUUGAUCUCUCAGAAAAGAAACUAGUAAAAUCUUAAAAUGGAAAUAAUCAUAUGAUAUCUUGUAAAGUUCUAUCUGUUUGUUUCAUAUGAAGCAUCCUCUCAUUAAAUCCCUAAUAAACAGUAAUAAAGCCAGUACAGUACAACAUUUUAAACCUGUUAGGAUCACACUCUAGAAAAAUAAAAGAUCAACUUUUUAA